ACACCGUCUCAUUAUCCUCAGAAAUUAGUUUAUUUACAUAUCGGACACUAAUGAAAUUUGGUGUCAAUUCUCCAAAAUAUUUUCUUUAUAUAUUUCUCAAAAAAAUGGAUAAACUUAAAUCCAAAUCAUUCUGACCUCACUUAACUCUCACCCUUUUUAUUCCCAAUAAUCGUUCUUGUUCUUCUUCUCCUUUUGAGCUUUGAAGCUUUUGAAACAACAAACAAACCCAUUCUUUCUUCUUUCUUUGUCUCUCUGAUCACCCUCUUCAGUCAAAAAGAACAUAUUUUUUGUUCAAAAUCUUCAAUUUUGGUUGAUUUUUAGAAGUGGGUCUUUUUUUUUUUUUUAAGUUAUCAGAGGAUUUCAUGGCCUGUUCAUUGAAGUGUGGUUCAUAUUUGUCUCUGUUCAAUGAGACUAUGUUGGGUUCAAAUUCCAUUAAGGCUGGCGGGUUUAGCACAUCAUUGAGUUCUUCAGAGUCCAAGGAUUUAACAUCAAAAAGGUUUCCUGUUUUGAGCAUUGAUUUUUUGGGCAAACCACUAGUUGUCCAAGAUCAGAAAGGUUCAAGAAAUUGGAGGCGAAAACCUGGAAACAGAUUCUCUGUUCAAGCAGAAACAACCUGUGUGGCCAAAGGUGUGAGAUGGUGGGAGAAGAAUCUUAGACCCAACAUGGUGAAGAUCCGCUCGGCAGAAGAACUUGUGGGUUCAUUGCAAAAUGCUGGUGAUAGAUUGGUUAUUAUUGACUUCUAUUCACCUGGUUGUGGGGGCUGCAAAGCUCUGCAACCUAAGAUCUGUCAGCUUGCUGAACAGAAUCCAAAUGCGAUUUUCCUAGAAGUUAACUAUGAAGAGCUAAAUAACAUGUGCCAGUGUCUCAAUAUUCAUGUCUUACCAUUCUUUCGGUUCUAUAGAGGUGCUGAGGGGCGUCUAUGCAGCUUUAGCUGCACCAAUGCUACUAUCAAAAAAUUCAAAGAUGCAUUGGCAAAGCAUGGAGCUGAUCGAUGCAGCCCUGGCCCUGCAAAAGGUUUGGAUGAGUCCGAGCUGAUGAAAUUAUCAAUAGCUGGUGAAUUAUCGACUAAUUUACAAUUACGUUCCACAAACAAAGAAAGAAUGGAGGAUUUGCUGACGAGAAGCAUGGAACUGUCUGGUAUCUUGAACAAAGCAGAUGGUAAUAAGAUGAAGCUUGAAAAAGAGGCUGCUCUGCUAUAGGUUUUGAUUUAUUAUUAAGCUCAACAGAGAUUAGUUAUGGAAGUGGAGUAAAGUGGCUCCAGCCUCCAAUCUUUGAUGUUGGAACUUCUCUUUUUCUAGUUGUAUAUAUCAUUAGCUGGGUUUUUCAUAAGCAGGCUCCUGGGUUUUUUGAGUUGAGCCCUGCCAAAUUUUUAUCAGGGAAUUGUUAUAUGAUAGUAGUAUGAAUCUAUAAUGUUGUCAUAAACAAGAGUUUGGUACCAUUUUGAAACUGUUCAAGUUCCACAUUUGAUCUACAUUAUUUCUUACUUUUCCUGCAAAUCCACUGCCGAAUUGGUAUGCAAUAUUAAAUAUUAAUGCAA